AUGAUUCAAAAUUGUACCAAUAAAUUAACAUUUUUACAUAAUAUAAGAAAUGAACAUAACAACAACAAAUGUUUUGAAUGCCACGCUGACAAUCCAACAUGGGUUUCUGUUUCAUAUGGAAUUUGGAUUUGUUUAUAUUGUGCUGGGAAACAUCGUUCAUUAGGUGUACAUAUAUCAUUUGUUAGAUCUGUUGAGAUGGAUGCUUUAACUGAUAUUGAAGUGAAAAAAUUAUUAGUUGGAGGAAACGCAAAAGCAAAGUUAUUUUUUUCACAAUAUUAUGAAAAUUAUUUAGAAAAAAAAAAACAUUUAUCAAUAGAUAAUAUUAGAAAAAUUUAUAAUUCAUUACCAGCUGAAUUGUUAAGAGAAAAAGUAAAAUUAGAAGCCGAAGGUAACAUUUGGUCUUUGGAAAAUGCUUUAAUAAGGUUAAAGGAAGCAGAAGAAUGUGAAGAUGAUAAUGAAGAAAAAAAUAAUGUUUCAGAUAUGAGUUUGUGGAAUCACAGCAUACAAAAUGAUAUAAAAAUUAACAAAACUGAGAAUAAUAAAACUAAAAAAUUUUCAUUUAAACAUUCAACUGCCAUAUCUUACAUUUAUCGUUUUAUUAAACGUAGUUAA